ACGUGAACGUGUUUUUCAAAACACUGAAAUUUCAUAUUUACAGUUUUUUCUUUUUUGUAUAUUUUAUGGCAUUUUUAGCCAUAACAUAAAGUCCUAAUGGUGGUCAGGAUGGCGUCUGUUAAAAGGGGAAACGUUUUAAGAAUCCGGUUGCUUCUUUAUGAUAGAGACGAGACUGAAAUUUGGUGGUUUGCCUUGAAGCAAGAGAAGAAUGGAAGCGUACUCUCAUCCACACGAUUCAUGUUGACAAGGUUGUAAAAUCGACACGGUGAAAAAUUUCAGCACAAAUGCUUUGGAUAAGUAAAAGCAGAAAUUGCAGUCGUGGUCCAGAAUGAUGCAUCACAAUUAAACAAUUAACCUACAAAACAGCAUCAUUCCAGGAAAUUUUAGAAUAAGCCCAGAACAUUAGCAAGAAGUAUGAGAUAGACUCACUCCGGUAAGAAUAGUCCAUGAUCGCGAAUUCGUGUUUCAUCGAGACUUCGUAAUGAAUGAUCACAGCGAGUGCAACGGAAAAUCCUCAUUAAUACUGAGGCGAGCGCUGCUAGAAUGUCUAAGCCCAGACUCUACCCCCAGUAAGAACCAUUUCCCAUCUGAGUCAGCCGUAUCUGUUGGAAUGCUGCGCAAUGGAGCGCGCUUGUGACGCAAAUUGUGCGUAAAUUGCUAAUCAGCCUUCCGAGUGGGAAGCAUUAAACCGGGGAUUGGGUGCGGUCGCGUUUAUGCGUGCGUUUAUAAUUAGCUCUGAUUUAGGCGCGCAUGUGUAAUCAGUGAACCACUGAUCUAAACUAUCCAACUGAAUGGCUAAUCCCUUCCAUUUAUCUCAGUCAUUUUUGAGGCAGAGUUUCAUCGUGGACGAAAUCUGGUCAGCGCCAUCGUGACUUGUGGUUAAAAAGAUACCUCAAACGUAGUUGUUUUGUGUAUAGAUAUCUCCCGCGUUUGCGUCUGAAUUGAAAUUCUACCACGACAAGUGGCGGAUGUGAAAGAGUGACAUCGUGUCUCAGCCGGUUCCCUGUACAGACUGAUUUACACAACCAAAACAGAAGGGAAGAUGAACUUAAACAUUUUCCAUCCAUCACCUGUCACUAUAGAACACCACUCAGCAGGCAACGACCGUAUAAAAACUUCUCUUUUCUGGCCGGAGGGAAGGAAAGAUUGAAACAGGGAAUCACAGUUCUCAUCUCUCAUGCUACUAAAUACCUAAAAUAUUUUCUAUAAUUCUGCAUGCUCUGAAUUUGUGUAUUCUGAAUUGAGUCCAAAAAACGUAGCUAGUAUAUAGGUUAUAUAUCAUAUUAAGGAAACAGCUUGCUUAUAAGCACGUUGGCACAUGGUAUGCCAAGCAUCUUAAAAUCCAUUUUGUGGUCGUAGGUUCAUUUGUAAAGCCAAACUACAGACCCACACUCGUUAGUGUCUACUGUCAUUUUUCUUCGCAGUGGGAAUGCAAUUGUAUAGGACAAAGAAUAUAGACAAAUCCUAUUGAAAACAUUUCUUCCCUGUUAUUUUUUCCAUGUUUUAUACAAAUAAGCAUUUUUAGCAAGAAAAUGUUAUGAAAUUAGGUGGUUCUUAAGAGUGACUGUUCCAAAACUGAUCUUUGAUGAGAAAUACGGUUGUAAACAUUGAUAUACUUCACUGCCAUGCAAUGAAAUCGAUCCUUUAUCAACCCUUGGUAAACUAAAUAUACUGUAUUUUAAUCCACUUUAUUAAGACUUUUUAUGUCGGUAUUUCUAAAAUUUUCUUGUUACACCCUGUUGUAGAAAUGUUGAAAAUUAUAUUGCAAAAUUAUAAUUAGGAUGCUUUGCCGACACGUUUAAGAUUAAUUACUCAAUUCUCUAGUAAAUGACAUUAUUUUCCCAACACUAUGCAAGCCUAAGAUGGAACAAAGGACCUUAGCUGUUUCCUGUUGAGUUCAUACAAAUGCCUCACUGAUCCCGUUGCCCUAGAGUCAGUCUCAGGCAACAGAAAAAAACACCAGGAAUUUUCUAUUCUCACUCCACGCUAAGAUGAAGUCGGAAAAUUUACUCAAUUCCAAAUUUUUAUUACCCAUUCUGUUUCUUGUGAUAUGUGACGUCAGAUCUGGAUGGACGCAAGAGGAAAUAAGAGGACAAGUAGAACAGAGAAUACUGGAUGAAAUAUUUAACGAGUUCCAUGAUCCGUUUGUACGACCCAUCAGAAAACGAGAAGACAAAUUAGUCGUGAUCGUUGGAAUUUCUUAUCAUCAGCUUAUCAAUGUGAACGAGAAAGAUCAGAUCAUCACAUCAAGUAUUUGGAUCAGACAGACCUGGACAAACCAAAUAAUGACUUGGAAUAAAGAAGGAUAUCGCAAUAUUUCACAAAUAAACGCGGAUCCCAACCGAAUUUGGAAACCCGAUUUGUAUCUCUACAACAACGCAGACGAAAGUUCGGAUGGGAAUCAACAUUCCUUUAACACGAAAGUUAAACUAAAGUCCAAUGGUGUCCACAAGUGGUUGGCUCCGGCCAUCGUGAAAACUGCUUGUAAGAUUAACGUGAAAUAUUUCCCAUUUGAUGAACAGUUCUGUAACGUGACUCUGGGAUCAUGGACGUACGAUACUCUACGCCUGGAUGUACAACUCGAAAAUGAUAGUGCUGACACAUCAAAAUUUGUCGACAACGGUGAAUGGGAUUUGAUUAGCAUGAAAGGAUAUCGUAAUGUGAUCAUAUAUCCUUGUUGUCCUAAUACUCCCUACGCUGAUCUCACUUAUAUGAUCAGAAUUCGAAGAAGAACAAGAUUUUAUUACAUCAAUCUUAUCAUUCCCUGCUUUGUAAUCACAGCUCUGAGUAUCUUAGCGUUCAAAGUCCCUCCUGAUUCUGGUGAAAGGAUAACUCUGGUGAUCACAAAUCUUUUAUCCAUGAUCGUGUUUCUAUUGCUGGUUGCAGACAUAUUGCCUCCUAUUUCUGAUGCUACACCUCUGAUUAGUAUUUAUUAUGCUAUUGUCAUGUUUGAGAUCGGUUUUGCUCUUAUAUGUACAUGUGUUGUGCUAAAAGUGAACUUCAGGCACCCCUCCCAUGGUGACAUGCCCCCGUGGUUCAGAACGCUGGUGCUUCGUUGGAUGGCGAAGGUGUUUCGUAUGACUCCACAGGUUGAGAUGGCUGAGUCGCAAAAAAAACAUUUCAGAAAGCGAAAACGAUCUUUAAUCAACACAUUUUUCAACACCUGGGCGCCAAGAUUAUCGGUUUCACGCUUACACGGUCAACGUGAGAGCAUUUCAGGGGCAUCUCAAAGUCGAAAACGAAGGCGCUCGAUAAAGUUCUUAACUGGUAAUGAAGAUCUUGAAAAUAACAGUGUAUUUACCGACCAAAAUGGCGGGACAUUGCCUAAUACGGAAAGCGGCGAACAAUACGCCGUUUUGACAGAAAUUACUACCUCAGGGGGAUUGCAAAGGGAUGGUGAGGAAAACCCGACUACACAAAGAGAUGUUGAGGGAGCGUCUGGGGUUGAAGAGGUGAACGUUAGGGUUGACUCUGCUAGUUCCCAGGCAGGACUGUGUGAUGUGACAAGUAAUGAAAGGCAAGAGACUCGUGUUGAAGAAGUAGAGGAACAACCUGUCAACGUCAUUACUAAUCCAACAUACCCUCUGGAUAUCAGCGAGUCCUCAAACGAGCAGUGUUUAGCAUGCUCUAAAACAAGCCCCAUGCAUGCCUUGGUGCAGCAACAAGAGGACUUGGUCAAGCACGUCGAAUCAUUGGCCGCCAUGGCACGUGACAUGGAGGAGGAAGAAUGCAAGAGAGAGGAAUGGAAACUAGCUGCAGCCGUAUUGGAUGAAUUCUUCUUCUGGUUGUAUCUCAUUAUGAUCGUAAUAUCAAAAGCUGUUGUGUUUUCAAUGGUACCAGAUUAUGAAGAUUGACCGCAGCCCAAGUUGAGCGUUCCCUCCCCGAUAGUUAGUUCCAUGGCUUAUAACUCUUUGUGUUUACCAAACGUGUUUACCUUGUGCCUUGUGUGUGUGUCGUGCUUUCGAUAUUGUAUAUUUAAUGUGUUGUGUAACUUCUGUCAGUACAGUUACAGAAUUCAAUGUGUUGUGUAUAGAUCGUCAAAACAAGUGACGGAAGGGUCGAAAUGAAAUGCACAAUGGACGUCUAUGAUAGACGAUUGUGGAUUGCUGAUAGUUAGUGACUCGAGUAAAAAGAAAGUGAUAAAAAUGACACAAUAAUUUAUUGGCAAGUUUGAAGUGUGGUAUCGUUGCUCUGAGUUUUGAGGCACACGUUAUUUGCAUGUAUAUAUCAUAACAUGCAGAAUUAUAUUGCUCUCUUCCGAGUCCGAGGUUUGCCAUGCAUGAUGUGUCGUUGCAUCAAGGGACUCUGUGAUUUUGAUGAAAAUGUUGAUCUCAUUAUUUGCAAACUGAAUUCUCUGUCUUUAUUUGCACUUGCUUCGUUGUUCGUUUGGGCUUGCUAACAGACAUACCCAUUUGUUAUUUUUAAUUGAAUAUACCAGUAAAACAAUGCAAGCCAAACUAGAAAAACACAUCCAAUUAUACAUGAAAAUAUAAUUAUAAUAAUCAUAGUUGCCAAU